AUGAGUUCCCUAUUUUGGCAAAUCAUCGCGAGUUGUUCGUGCUUGGUCUGUUCUCUUUCUACUGCAUUAUUGGAGCGUUGGAAUCAACCCAGGGAGGGAUAUAUCUCUUCCACCUGUUUGAACGCAUGUGCGUGGAGUACCCUAUCCUUCUGGCAGUAUUUUGUGAAACAAUGUGUGUAUCCUGGAUUUACGGUGUUGAUCGAUUCCGUCAAAAUAUCAAACGAAUGCUUGGCUUUGAGCCUGGAAUCUUUUGGAAAAUCACCUGGAAAUUCAUCGCUCCUCUAUUUAUAA